AUGGCUCCCUCUGCUACCACCACCGACACCAAGUGGUCGGUGAUGUAUGACACCCUCCGCCGGGAGAACCUUUUCAAGAACCCGCCUCAGGAUCACACUGCCUACCCGUCCCUGGCAGAGUCAAUCAAGCCUCACAUCGACUCUUUCAAUGCUCUGUUCGCGGACAGCAAGAUUUUGGACGCAGGAUUGAAAGAUAUCGGUAUCAAGACAUUCCUUGAUGGCGAACUCGAGACCCCCGAGCAGAAGAAGAUUCGCAUGGCAGAGGGCCUUCGCGUACCCAAGCGCAACCGUCUGAAUGUCCGUGUGAAGGAAGUUUUCCUCGACAAGCCCAUUCUCCCGCCCACCAACAAGUACAGCACCAAGAACCGCGAAAUUUACCCCUCCGAGUGCCGUGAGAGACAUGCGACCUACCGUGCCAAGCUCCGGGCUCGUCUGGAGUACCAGGUCAACAAUGGUGACUGGAUGGAGUCUGUGCGUGAGCUUGGUCAGGUCCCUAUCAUGGUCCGCACCAACCGCUGCCACCUCGAAAAGGCCACCCCCGAAGAAUUGGUCCGCCACAAGGAAGAGUCGGAAGAACUAGGUGGUUACUUUAUUGUGAACGGUAACGAGAAGCUCAUUCGAAUGCUGAUCGUCGGAAAGCGGAAUUUCCCCAUGUCCAUCAUCCGUGGUUCGUUCGUUAAGCGUGGUCAAACAUACACCAAAUUUGGUGUGCAAAUCCGAUCCGUUCGCCCCGAUCAGACCUCACAGACCAACGUAUUGCACUAUCUCUCUGAUGGUAACGUCACCUUCCGUUUCUCAUGGCGAAAGAAUGAGUUCUUGGUUCCUGUUAUGAUGAUCCUCAAGGCUCUGGUUGAGACAAACGACCGUGAAAUCUUCGAGGGUAUCGUUGGCGGUGCCAAUUCCAAGGGAAUGAAGAACACAUUCGUCACAGAUCGUGUUGAGCUUUUGUUGCGAACUUACCAGGCCUACGGCAAGCACAGCAAAUCCGACUGCCGAGCUCACUUGGGCAAGUGUUUCCGUCCAGUGAUGGGUGUCUCUGGAGAUGCGUCUGACGAGCAGGUUGGCGCUGAGUUCUUGCGCCGUGUUGUCCUACCUCAUUUGGGCAACUUUGAUGUCACCGAGGCCCAGGAUUACGAUAAGUUCAAGAUGAUCAUUUUCAUGAUCCGCAAACUGUAUGCUCUGGUUGCCGGUGACUGUGCCUCGGAUAACCCUGAUGCCGUCUCCAACCAGGAAGUCCUGCUCGGUGGCUUCUUGUACGGUAUGAUUCUCAAGGAGCGUAUCGAGGAGUGGCUUCGAUCACUUGGACCUCUCUCACGAGACUGGUCCAUCCGCAAUGGCCAUGCCAAGUUCACUGAUAAUUCAUUCGAGCGUGACUUUUUGUCCAAGAUCGUGAAGCGGUCCAACGAGAACAUUGGUCAGGCCCUCGAGUACUUCCUGUCCACCGGUAAUCUCGUCAGUCCCACUGGUCUCGAUUUGCAACAGACAUCUGGUUACACCGUCAUGGCAGAGAAGAUUAACUUCUACCGAUUCAUCAGUCAUUUCCGAAUGAUUCACCGUGGUAGUUUCUUCGCUCAAUUGAAGACCACCACCGUCCGUAAAUUGCUGCCAGAGAGUUGGGGUUUCUUGUGCCCUGUUCAUACUCCUGAUGGAUCGCCUUGUGGUCUCUUAAAUCACUUGGCGCACAAGUGUUUGAUCUCCACGGAUAACCUUGAUGUUUCCAGCUUGCCCCGCACUCUUGUUCAACUUGGUGUCAAGGCUGAAUCCUCGGUCGCAACCGAGGAAAGCGUGGUCGUUCAGCUGGACGGCCGAAUCAUCGGUUCCUGCUCGCCUGAGCAGGCUCGCAAGAUUCACGACACUCUCCGUUACUGGAAGGUUGAGGGUACUCACAAUGUCCCGCUCGGCCUGGAGAUUGGUUAUAUUCCCAACUCCAACGGUGGACAGUACCCCGGUAUCUACAUGUUCUCCCAGUCCGCCAGAUUCUACCGACCCGUCAAGCACCUCGCUCUGGAGAAGACCGAUUUGGUUGGACCCUUCGAACAGCCGUACAUGGAGAUUGCCUGUCUGGAAUCUGACCUGAUCGCUGGUCUCUCUACUCACAUUGAGUUCACACCCACCAACAUCCUCUCGAUUGUUGCCAACAUGACACCUUUCUCCGAUUACAACCAGUCUCCUCGUAACAUGUACCAGUGCCAGAUGAGCAAGCAGACCAUGGGUACUCCAGGUACCUCCAUCGCCUACCGUACUGACAACAAGCUGUACCGCCUGCAGACUGGUCAAACCCCCGUUGUUCGGACACCCCUGUAUAAUGCUUACGGUCUGGACAACUUCCCCAACGGAAUGAACGCCGUUGUUGCUAUCAUCUCUUACACCGGUUACGACAUGGACGACGCCAUGAUCAUCAACAAAUCCGCUCACGAGCGCGGAUUUGGUCACGGUACCAUCUACAAGACCAAGGUGCAUAGUCUAGCUGAGAAGGACCGCCGCAAGUCACGUCGCGAGGUGAGCAAGCUGUUUGGCUUUGCCCCUGGCGAUGAAGUUCGGGCUGAGGUGCGCAACUUCAUCGAUGAUGACGGUUUGCCUCAUGUCGGCAUUCGCGUGCAGGAGGGAGAUAAGAUUGCCGCCUUCCACGAUGUGCGCUACGAUGCCGCAACUGACUCCUACGUGAACGUUGAUGGUGUCACCCAUUUCCUCAAGUACAAGGAUGCUGAGGCUGGUUAUAUUGAAAGCAUCCGUAUCAUGGGUUCUGAGAGCGGUGCCGAGCCCAUGCAGUCGAUCAGUGUCAAGUACCGCAUUCCUCGUAAGCCCAUCAUCGGUGAUAAGUUCUCCUCUCGUCACGGACAGAAGGGUGUUUGCUCGCAGCUUUGGCCUGCUGGUGACAUGCCAUUCUCCGAGAGUGGCAUGCAGCCUGAUCUGAUUAUCAACCCUCACGCUUUCCCAUCUCGUAUGACUAUCGCCCAGAUGAUCGAGUCCAUGGCUGGUAAAUCUGGUGCUCUGCACGGUGUCCCGCAAGACUGCACUCCCUUCCAGUUCUCCGAAGAGAACACCGCCACCGACUACUUCGGUCACCAGCUCAAGAAGGCCGGAUACAACUACUACGGUAACGAGCCUCUCUACUCCGGUAUUACAGGUCGCGAGUUCGCCGCCGAUAUCUACAUGGGAGUCGUUUACUACCAGCGUCUGCGUCACAUGGUGAACGAUAAGUUCCAAGUGCGUACCACCGGUCCCGUCAAUGCACUGACCGGACAGCCCGUCAAGGGUCGUGCCAAGGGUGGUGGUAUCCGUGUUGGAGAGAUGGAGCGUGAUUCUCUGAUUGCCCACGGAGCGGCCUUCUUGCUUCAGGAUCGUCUGAUGAACUGCUCUGACUCCCAGCUUACCUGGAUCUGUCGCUGCUGUGGCUCCUUCUUGUCUACCCAGGUCGCUGUCUCUGGAUCUGGCUCAGGCCGCUCGCGCGCUGCUGUUAACCCCGGUGCUCUUGCUGCGGCUGCCAAGGCUGCUCCCAACCAGCAGGCUCCCAGUGGUGCCUCAUCUGUUGGCGGUGCCCUGGGCGGUGUCAACGGUAUUGUGCGCUGUCGCCGUUGUGCUCGCCAGGCUACUUUCAAUGAUUCUCGGGCUGAGGCUUGGGAGGAUGGAGAUGGCUUGCGCUAUGUUGGUGGUGACGACGUGACCAUCGUCGCUGUGCCUGGUGUCCUCCGUUACCUGGAUGUCGAGCUGGCAGCUAUGGGUAUCCGGAUGAAGUUCAAGGUGGACAACUAA